AUGGAUCCGCUUGGGAUGCGCCCCCACGUUCACUUCAAUUCGGAAUCUUUUGAGGUUUACGAACGUGUAGCUGGCCUCUACAAUGACUUGCGGUGGCUAGCCGAUGUGUCAAAGCAGCUACGUUCAAUUAUGGUAGUUGUGGAACCGCCUUCACUUCUGGAGCGAGCAGAACUAACUCGACCAAUUCCUGAAAAUGCUAGAAAACUUGCUCAUCUGGUCGAAGUAAACGAAAGACGAGUGGAAGUUGGGGAUCACAAUGUAUUCUACCGUGAAGCGCUGCCCCCAGAUAGUCACUAUGCAAAAGCUGCUAUUGUCUUCCUACACGGACAAGCAUAUUCCUCUUCAACGUGGACAGAUCGAGGAUCUCUAAGCACGUUCGCAGCUCUAGGAUAUCACUGCAUAGCACCGGACUUGCCAGGAUCUGGACAGACACGUGGGCCCGCAGUAGGAGUUCACGACAAGCCGCAAUUUCUGCUUUCCUUUCUUGACGCUGUUGGAAUCAAACAUGUAAUGGUCGUGACAGCUUCAAUGGCAGCUCAGUAUGUGCUACCGUUGUUAGCACGUGAUAUUUUUGUGUGUGCUGUAGGAAUUGCACCAUCGAACACCCAUGAAAUCGCACAACCCGCUCUCUAUCGGACACCUAUCCUUGUUCUUUGGGGCGACCACGACACUUCAUUGGGCCCGACAGCGGCGGCGAACCUUCGCGUUUUGCCGAACGCUCGCCUACAUAAAAUUCCUAACGCUGGUCAUGCUUGCUACCUUAACAACGCUCAGGCUUUUGAGGAGGUCUGUGUGAACUUCUUCGACCUUGUCCGGAACUACCAUGCGCUGUGA